AUGUUCCGGAGUCUGUGUGAUGAUUUCUAUAGCCACAUUGUUCUUGACACAUCGUUCUGGAGCACGUUGAACGAGGCUCAGGGAGGUGCUGCCAUUGGAGAGCAAAGGGUUGAUGAGCUGGUAAGCGACCACAGUUUCUGGGGUUCUAUGGUUCAGAAGGGGUCGUGUGUCCAGAGGAUUCCUAGCACGCUCGAUGAAGCGAAACAACUUCUUUUGCACUUUUCGCGCUUCACCGAAGCAACGCUACGCAUCCAAGACGAGAUUGUGAACAAAAGCUUAACCCAAGAACAUACCUCUGCCACAAGGGCGAUCAAGGACGAGAAUUUGAAAGAACUACAAACAGCACACGCGCGUGAUAAGCAAGAGGUGGAACGUACUUAUCUUGCAAGCUUACAAGCCAUUGAACAACAGAGAGCACAAAGCCAACGUCACGCUGAAGAGCAGCAGAGGAAGAUUCUAUCACAACAGGAACAAGAAAGGCAACUUCAGGUUGAAGAGCAUAGGCGAUUGCACGAAGACCACAACCGGCAAGUAGAAGCUGCCCGGCAACAGAUGGAAAAGCUUCUACACGAGCAGCAGCAAAAGGAACUACUUCUGCAUGCGUAG